GUUAGGGAAUGGAGAACAAAGUAUGGAAUACUUGCUUGAAACGAAUUGACACCUAUUUAUAUAGCGAAGUCUUCGGCGAGCUUACGGCUGUGUGGUGGAGAAGGCCUGGGCGGGGUAAGAUCCCUACAGCUCAAGAUAGGUCAGGGACGCCCCGGGUUGCCGGAAGGGCACGUCAGACACUGCCUCGGACCGGACGCGCAGUGUAUUUGGAAUCUUGGAUAUCAGGCAUGCAAAUCUACACCGCUAGACAUGGGAUUAUCUUUCUAUUAAUGAACCUGGCAGCGGUAUGGUGUACGUUUCCUGUGAGACAAGGGUACUUGCGAAAGCUGGAAUCAUAACGGGCUGAGAGAAGGGGACAGGAUGUAGUAGCUUCGACCUUCGUUAUACGAGUUUCUGUAGCACAAGCACUUUAAUGCUACAUGAGGUUCACACACCACAGUGCGAUGAUGAUAGUAUAGCGUCAAGAUGGGUUGACUGUGCUUGCAGCUUUGCAUUAACUGGCCACUACUACCUAGGUAAUUAUCUAAGUAGAAUCUAAGCUUCC